AUGGAACCACAUGGCCAAACUGUGAAGCGGUUGCAGUAUCAAUUCGCUUCAUAUCUUCCACGAACUAAAGCGAUUACUUCCACAAUGAUGUUGGCAUGUGCCGACAACGCUGAUAAAGUCGCAAAACCGUUGCAAGAGAUCUCUCUAAAAUCCACUAGUGAAUGGGCACUCACCCUAUAA